AUGGCACAGAAGAGUUUGGGUGAGGAAACCAACAGCUUGGAUGCCCGAUGCCAGCGCUUCAGGCAGCUCCACUACCGGGAGGCCCAGGGACCCCGAGACGUUUGCAGCCAGCUCCACCAUCUUUGCUGUCAGUGGCUGAAGCCCAAAAGGCACACCAAGAGGCAGAUGCUGGACCUGGUGAUCCUGGAGCAGUUCCUGGCCAUCCUGCCCCCGGAGGUGGAGAGCUGGGAACCAUCAGGAGGAGCUGCCAGUUCCUUUGAGGCAGAGGAGGGUCUUUCAGACCCCAGGCAGAGGACAAUCUUCUGGGGGAUCACUCAAGAAUCCAAGGGAGGUGUCACCUUGCCGGAUUUUGUUAGUCAGUCCACCACUAGCAAGACCCCCACCGGCUGGCUGAAUGGUGCCAGGAGGAGGGGUCCCGAAGUGGGUGCUAGCUCCCUCCAGCUCAGAUCUGACAACCCUAAUGGGAAGAAAGUGGUCUCCAUGGAGUGCAGGUACAGGGCUUUCAAGGAUCUGGUGACCUUUGAGGAGGUGGCCGUGUAUUUCUCAGAAGAGGAGUGGGCUCUGCUGGAUCCAGGCCAAAGGACUUUGCACACAGAAGUCAUGAUGGAAAAUAGCAAGAAUCUGGCCUCUCUUGAGAGGGUAAGCAAGAGAGAGGAAGAACAAGAGCAGACAAGCGAAAGCGAAGAUGAGCAAAAGUGGAGGAAAGAAUCGGUUGCUUUGGAAAGUGCCAACUUGCCUGAAGUUCCAGUCAAAGAAGAAAGUGGUGAAGGGAGCUUCUCUCCAUGUGCACAAAUCUCAGCUGAUAGAUCAAAACUGAGCAGGCAUCAAAGAACGCAAAAUCGGGAGAAACUAUUUCAAUGGCCAGAGGGUAGGAAGCGUUUCAGUCAUGGCUCAAGCCUCGCUUUCCGUAGACGUAGCCACUCUGUAGUAAAACCUUUUAGGUGCUCAGAGUGCGGGAAGAGUUUCAGUCACAACUCCACUCUUGCUUCCCAUCAGAGGAUCCACACUGGGGAGAAACCAUAUAAAUGCACAGAAUGUGGAAAGAGUUUCAGUCACAGUUCAAGCUUUAAUUCCCAUCAAAGAAUCCACACAGGGGAGAAACCUUAUAAAUGUUCAGUGUGUGGGAAGAGCUUCAGUCAGAGCUCAAGCCUGGCGUCCCACCAAGGAAUCCACACAGGAGAAAAACCAUAUAAAUGUUCAGAGUGUGGGAUGGGCUUCCGACAAAGUGCACGCCUUACUUCACACCAAAGAAUCCACACAGGGGAAAAACCAUACACCUGCUCAGAGUGUGGAAAGAGCUUCAGUCAGAGCUCAAGCCUUAUAUCCCAUCAAAGUAUCCACACGGGGGAGAAACCUUAUAAAUGCUCAGAGUGUGGAAAGAGUUUUAUUCGGAAAGAGUACCUUACUUCCCAUCAAAGGAUACAUACUGGGGAGAAACCAUACGCAUGCCCAGACUGUGGGAAGACCUUCCGUCAGAACUCAAGCCUUACUUCCCAUCAAAGAAUUCACACAGGGGAGAAACCAUAUAACUGCUCAGAGUGUGGAAAGAACUUUAGUAAGAGGUCAAGCCUUACAUGCCAUCAGAAAAUCCACACAGGAUACAAACCCUAUAAAUGUCUGGAGUGUGGAAAGAGCUUCCUUUGGGAAUCCAAACUUAAGAGACAUCAAAGCAGUCACAGAGGGGAGAAACCACGUAAAUCCUCAAAGAGUGGGAAGAGCUUCAUUCAGGACACUCACUUGACUUCGCAUCAGGCAAUCCACACAGAAAUUAAACCAGAGACCUGUACAAAUGAUGAAAAUGUAGAAAAAGUUUCAGAAAUAACACCAGUCUUGAAACCCUUUGAAAAAUCCACAUAA